AUGAAACUGGACUUGGUUAGAUCUUUUUACGGCAUGAAGGGAGCAUUGUAUCCCUCAGAAAUCUGCCUUCAAGUCGAUGCAUCACAAUCCUCUUGGACGACCAACCUCUUGGUCGAUUUGGUCUACUUUCACUCAGCAAUAUUCUCCAUUGAGGCUUACUUUGACCAGUAUUUUGGCAGAGACCAGGGCACAUUGUCACAUUUCCAUUUCCUCAAAACACUUCGACUCCUUCAAGAGCGACUCAACGACCCUGAUAACCCUGCGUCUAUAUCGGACGCUACGAUCAUGGUCGUCGUCACUCUGGGCUUGACUGCCGAGCUUAUCGGUGAUCGUUCCGCCGCGGAGAACCACUUGGCCGGUAUGGCGAGGAUAGUUGACCUUCGAGGUGGUCUUGAGAUGCUCAGACUCGACAAUGCUAGGCUUCCAGCUAAAGUGUGCAGAGUUGAUCUUGGCCUGGUUCUUCGGUUCGGCUGUAAGCCAGUCUUUUUCAAUACAAAUAUCUCUUGGGAUCCAUACAUCGCGAGCCAAGGUCUCAUACGCGGCCUGAAGAAGGUCAACAUUCCGGAAAACGAGGCCACGGCGUUUAUCAAGACCUUGGAUAAGAGGUUAGCCAACGUCUGGAAAGACUUACAAGAAUUCGCUAUUCUCGGCAAUCUCGCGCAUCAAACGUCUCGGAAACUGCAGCCAAACACUUUCAGUGAGAUCAUGGUCUCAAUCCUGUACCGGUUGCUGGCACUGUCGUUUCCAGAGUCACCCAUCGAAGAUACCCUGCGCGUCGGGAUGAUGGCAUUUACGGCAACAAUCUUCUUUCGAUGGCGGAGCAUGAGUCAACGACAAAAGCACUUGGAUGGCAUGUUUCGGGAUACUUUGUCUAGGUUGAGGGAAUCUUCUGCGAAACCACCUCUUGGUGUUUUGUUUUGGCUUCUCAUGGUAUGGAACAUUAGUGUUUCUCCAGAGGACGAUAUGUUUGCAGAGUGGAUGUAUGGCAUUGUUCAAGACCUUGGCUUGUCUUCAUGGCCAGAGGCCCAAAAGGUGUUGAAGUUAGUUCUCUGGAUUGGGUGUUUGUUCGAUAACUCCGGUCAACAAACCUUUGACGUUAUGCUGUCCAGGAAAGACAGUAAUAACUAG